CCAGCAGCGCGGCAUCUGUAGGUGUCCGGAGACGUUAUUUAAAUUUAUUUUAUUUUGAAGAUACUGAACGAAGUGGCGCGUGCUGUUCAAGUCUGAGGAUGGUCUCCAGGUAACCUGCAGGACACACCUGAAAACAACCCGACCAAUGGUUCACACGAGCAGCUGCAGUGUCCUCAGCGUGCUUCCUGCCACCAUGCCGAUCGACAUGGCGUUACCUCUGUAUCUGUCCAAAGAGGAGUUUGUCUACAGGACUCCUGAAACCUGCGAGCCUCCUCUGAGCUUUCAGCGCUCUCACUGUGUGGAACAGAUCCAACCCGAGGCCGACCGGUCCUCCACAAAAGACGACAGAAAAACCAAGAAGAAGGUGACGUUUGCGGAUCACAGAGGUCUGUCUCUAACCAGAGUGAAGGUCUUCUCCCAGUUCAACGAUCCCAUCGAUAUUCCUCUGAACAUCCAGGAGAUGCUGAACUCAGCGCUGUCUGUGACGGCUGAGGAAGACAAACUGGUGCUGGACUUCAGUCAGCCGUCCUCAGACUAUCUGCAGUUCCGUCAGAGUCUGGAGAGGAACUACGUGAGCCUGGAGCACUGCGUUCUGAAGGAGAAGUCGUUAGCGGGAACCGUUAAAGUUAAGAAUCUGUCCUUUGAGAAGUCGGUGAAGCUGCGAGUGACCUUUGACACCUGGAAGAGCCACACAGACGUAGCCUGUGAGUACAUGAAGGACACGUAUCCCAGCUCGUACAGCGACACUUUCUCCUUCCACGUCAGUCUGCCGGACGAGCUGCGGCCGCACCAGCGCAUCGAGUUCGCCGUCUGCUACAACGUGGACGGCUGCGAGUACUGGGACAGCAACCAGGGACGCAACUACCGGAUCCUCUGGUCCUCCAUGAGGAGGCGAGAUGAGACCGCCUGCAGCCACCACAGAGACUUCGGGAUUCAUUUUGACCGAUACGCAGGCCCCACCUGCUCACACGGGAUUCUCCCCGACUGGCCGAGCUACGCCGGCUACGAGAAUAUCGGCCCGUACUACUGAACAUCUGAACAGGUUUAUGUUAAACAGCAGGACUUCUGUCAUGUUGAUCUGCAUCAUGUUACACAGCUGCACUAUCUGCUGAUAUUAAAGCAGAAUAAGACAUCAGUGAAUCAUACAGGUGGAUUAGUUUUACUUUAGAGAAUGCUUUUAGUCUUUGUAAUGUUACUUAAUAAGUGUCAAAAGUGUCUUAGUGUCACAACCACCUUCAGCACUGUCUGUUGUUUGCAUGUUUUUUCCCCAAACCCUCCUCAGGUUCAGAGCUGCCCCCUUUUGAUCAGCUCAGUCUGCAGAUCAUGAAGCAAGACAAACAGAGUGAUCAUGAUUUCUGUUUUUAUAACUGCAGAAAUGACUCUGUGUGCAUGUUUUACUUUUAACAAUAAGAAAAUAUCUGAAAUAUCUACAAAUGUCCAUCAGAGUCAAAGGUGACGUCUUCAAACGUGAGAAAAGCAGCAAGUCU